UCACAUAGGACCAAAAACGAUAGGUUUUAAGGUUUUUCAUUUCUCACCCGACACCCAUCAUAUGUUUAUAAAGUUUUUAAUUAUGGGUCGGUUCGCUUUCGGUUUACUCUGGGUUAGAAGUCCUGAACCAGGUUCAUUGAUAACUUUUGUGUGUGGUUACUGAGGCUAAACUGUUAACUUUAGCUGCAUGGUUGUGUGUGGUUUGGUUCUCGAAUCAUUAUGCGCUAGAGCAUUUGACCAUUAAGUGUUUGUUUCAGUCCUUGGACACUUAAAAUUGAGAAGUAGCAUUUCUCUAGUCUAUGCUGUUUCUUGAGGUUCAUAAACAUUUCACUCGCUGACUGAGGAUGGACUAAGAUAUCUUGGAAGGCAUGUGUCACGAUGUUUGAACUUUAAUGCACACAAGGGAGCUGUGACAUUGUAGGUUUGAGGAUAUUGAAAUGUAAACUUAGUUUCAUAUCAUUUUGGAUUAGGACUUAGUUUUCUUUUUUUAAACACAAUUAGGACUUAGUUUUGUUGUUGUUUUUAACGUUGGGAUUCCAUUAGAAAUCUAAGUAACUGUGAAAAUAAGUGAGCUAGGGACACAUUGACCCACGAGUAUAGUGGUUUUACUUAGUUAUGUAGAAGUCGGCAUAACGUUGAAUAGUAACUCUGAUUCAAAUUUCAAAAAUUAAAUAGAAAGUUGUUGUCUAUAUUUGGCCCACCAAAAGCAAAAGGUGCCACCAUUUUCCCUCCUCUACUCCUACUUUGUCUUUUAUAUAAGGCAACAGCUAGCAGCUACUUGAGUGAUGAAACAGUCUCAAAACUUGUCUUGAAUCCGAGUUCUUACAAAGCAGAGAUGGAGAACGUGGAAGAUGGAGGAAUCUUGACAUACAAUGGUAGAUAUGUUAUGUAUAACGUCCUCGGUAACCUUUUUGAGCUCUCUUCAAAAUACAUUCCUCCUAUUCAACCUGUGGGUCGAGGUGCCUAUGGUAUUGUCUGCUGUGCUACAAACUCAGAGACAAACGAAGAGGUUGCUAUAAAGAAGAUAGCAAACGCUUUUGACAACAGAGUUGAUGCUAAAAGAACUCUCCGGGAGAUCAAACUCCUUUGCCACAUGGAUCACGAUAAUGUUAUCAAAAUGAAAGAUAUAAUCGAGCCACCAGAGAAAGAUAGGUUUGAAGAUGUGUAUAUUGUUUAUGAAUUGAUGGAUACCGAUUUGCACCAGAUCAUAAGAUCUACUCAAACUCUGACCGAUGACCAUUGUCAGUUCUUCCUAUACCAAAUAUUGCGAGGCUUGAAGUACAUACACUCUGCAAAUGUACUACACCGCGACUUGAAACCGAGCAACUUGGUUCUAAACACGAGUUGUGAUCUUAAAAUAUGUGAUUUUGGACUUGCAAGAACGUCAACAGAGACAGACAUGAUGACUGAAUAUGUAGUAACAAGAUGGUACCGUGCACCGGAACUGCUUCUCAACUGCUCGGAGUACACAGGAUCUAUUGAUAUUUGGUCUGUUGGUUGCAUUUUCAUGGAGAUACUCAGAAGAGAAACGCUUUUCCCUGGUAAAGAUUAUGUUCAACAGCUGAAACUUAUCACUGAGCUCAUAGGUUCACCAGAGGAGUCUGAUCUUGACUUCUUGAGAAGUGAUAAUGCGAGAAAGUACUUGAAACAACUCCCACGAGUUCAAAAACAAUCAUUCAGAGAAAAUUUCCCUGAUAUUUCUCCAAUGGCUUUAGAUCUUGCUGAGAAGAUGCUUGUUUUUGAUCCUUCCAAACGCAUCACAGUGGAGGAAGCAUUGAAGCAUCCUUAUUUGGCUAGUCUCCAUGAGAUCAAUGAAGAACCAACGUGUCCUUCUCCUUUUAGCUUUGACUUUGAGGAGUCAACUUUGGAUGAACAAGACAUCAAGGAACUUAUCUGGAGAGAGUCUUUACACUUCAAGAAUAAGCAAUCUCCCACGAUUCAAGACACUUGAAGUAUGAUUAAAUGUCUUGGAACAAGUGAAAAUAGCUGGUAAAAUUCUAUUGUGUGUGUUUUGUUUGAUGGUGAUUGUGCAAGCCAACGAAAGUGAGAAGUUUUGUGUGUGUUAUAUAUGCAUUUACUAAAACGUUAUACACAUCAAUUCAUGUUAAACUUGAUGAAGCAGAGCAGCUAUAAAUUUAUAAAAAAUUAUGUAAUUUGUAUUAUAAAUAAAUAAAUUAAUUGAUGGUAUAGAAGUUUUUUGGGAUAAACUUUAUUAUUAAAUAAAUCUUUAUUCAUGCAA